UAUCGCAUUUCUCCCUCAAAUCAAGUUUAUACGCAAAAGACUGAAUAUCUUUCGUUAAUCAUCAUUCCUCUCACAUCACAGCCGAAAAAUAAUACACGCAAACCUCUCUAAUGUGCAGAGCAAACAAACGGCACACUUUAUUGGCCAUCUGGCCAACAGUAUUCAGUGUGAUUUCGAACGUGAACGCUGCCGGAGAUAUUAAAGUGUGUCGGAAAUAGUCAUUUUCUUUUGUUGGUCAAAAAAUGUCGAAAGAGGAGUCCAAAUACGGUUUCAAGGACAAGGCCAAGGCGGUAGAAUCGCUGGAACUGCUGAAAAGUGAAGAUCAAAAGUACCAAUCGUUGACCGUCCGAGGGCUGCUUGGAAGGGCCAAACGAGUCUUGACCUUAACAAAGGCUCAGGAUAAAAUCAAAAACAUUAAAGAGGCUAUCGAAGUCUUUGAGGAAUGGAUCGAGCAAAACUCAAACAGCAGCUCGAAAAACACCAAACCCAAAGAUACCGAGGAAAAGGUGGAAACUGUCCCGGGUCUUGGUUUCAAGGAUAAGGAAGCCGCUGAUAAAACUCUCAAAAUUCUCGAGGGCCGUGAUCCGGACUACCAGAAGCUCGCCAUCAAAGGUCUGUUGGGCAGUGCCAAGCGAGUGCUUCCAUCCACCAAGAAUGAGGACAAAAUUAAGGCUAUCAAGGAGGCAGUCUCAAUCUUCGAGGAUUUCAUCGAUACGUUCGACGAGGAGGAACGUUCCAAGCAGAAUAUGGCUUACCUCCCAGUUGACCUGAUAAAAUCUAUGCCCAAGAAGAGUUCGGAUGCCCUAGCGAUCGAAUUUGUUGAGUGCUACGAUAAAGUCGCCAAGGGUAACUACAAACAUCUUCGUACAAAAUUUCCGGAGGACGAUGACUCGCUCAGCUGGGAUAUUGUGCGGAACAAGAAGUUGCUGGCGCUGAAGGAGAAAUUGAAGGAUAGCGGGGAGAAACUUUUCGACUCAGAGGGUAAACCCACCGAAAUUCAUCUGAAGAUGAUAUUCUGGGCCUACAGUCCCAACGUGGACAAGUUGAAGGCAUACAGUGCGACACUGUCGAAAGCUGCCGCCAGAAAGCGCUCGUACUCUUCAUCGGAGAGUGACAGCGAGGAAGACGAUGAACAGGAGGAAAAGAGGAAGAAAUCAAAGAAAUAAAUCCGGAAGUUGGUUUCAUCGACGAAAAAAGUGUAUUCGAAGAAACACUGAAAUGUAUUAGGGUUAAGGUUCAUGUCCAAUGUAUUCCAUAAUCGGUUCAAUCCAUCACGGCAGCUUUAUUGCUAUGGUUGCCACUCAAAUACAUCCGAUUGAAUCGGAUAGUACACAUGACUGCAAUUACAAUGCACUCUAGUUACCGGAAAACUGUACACGUCAAAUUAUCAAAACACAUAUAUCAGACUAUUCCAGUAGAUGUCAUGACAUGGUAUCUGAAAUGUAAUCCGUGCUCGAGCCAUGAAUGGCGUUCAAUAGAAGCAACAACAAAACCGAAUGAUUGUCAUACAAACAUGAGUCAGAAAGACAUGAAAUGACUCAAAAAUUACAAAAUUCAUACAACACCUUUCCCAUUCCUAC